GAUUUACUCCUGAGCUAGUCGUUAUUUGGACAUUUAUGUUUUAACAACUCUGAAUGUUUGUUAAGCAGUCCUGAUAAACUAGAACAGCGUAUUAAUACCGAUAGACAGCGGUGCAGCCAUGUUCAUCAACUAUGAUGCUUCGUGAUGUACAUGCUGUCAAAACUCUAGCACGUAGGACAAUACAUAGUCUCUCUGGCAAAGUUGAUCAACUUCGUCCGUCAGCUUAAAAGUGAAAGUUAAACAUGGCACAAGGUCCAGGGGCAGACAAAAUUAGUCUGGUUCACUUGGAUUUAAAAGGAGCUCCACCCAAGCUGGUCUACUAUGAACAACUGUUUCCUUUGCUGAAGCAGUGGGGUGCAGGGGGCUUGCUGGUGGAAUAUGAAGAUAUGUUUCCAUACUGGGGAGAACUGGAAAUACUACAAGCAAAAAACAUGUACAGGCAGGAAGAAAUCAGACAGAUAGUUACUUUGGCCAAACAAAAUGAUCUCAUAGUCACUCCAUUGGUGCCAACAUUUGGGCACUUAGAGUUUUUGUUGAAACAUGAGAAGUUUAGACAUUUGAGAGAGGUGCCCAAGUAUCCCAUGUCACUGUGCCCUUUAAACCCAGAAAGCCUUAUUAUUGUUGGCCAGAUGAUAGACCAAGUAUUAUCACUUCAUCCAGAAUCCAAUUGGUUCCAUAUUGGAGGUGAUGAGGUAUUCCAUAUUGGGUGUUGUGAGCAGUGUAAAGCAUUCAAUGCAGAUGACAAGCAGGACAAAGAGCUGUACUUAUAUUUUACUGGCCAAGUUUUGAAGCUAAUGAAAGAAAAAUAUCCUGAUAAGACCUGUAUUAUGUGGGAUGACAUGUUAAGGAACAGGUCCCUUCAUCAACUAAAAGCAAGUGGGAUAGGUGAUUUAGUGGAACCUAUGGUGUGGCAGUACUCACAACAAUUAGAACUUCCUGAGGAUAUUUGGUGUCGAUACUCUCAGGUGUUCCCUUCAGUUUGGAUUGCCACAGCAUACAAGGGUGCCACAGGCCCUGCACAGCAGGCAACCAAUAUAGCCUACCACAUAGAGAACCAUAAGGCAUGGGUCAGCGUGGCCAGCCAGGUGGCUACUUUAUUCAAAAACUUCCGUGGUUAUGCGUUGACAGGAUGGCAGAGGUAA